AUGUAUAGGGCUAUAAGUAGCCAUCCUCACAAGGUUCCUAGGCGUGAAUAUAAGGAUUUACAUAAAAUAAUUAUUACAUCAACUACUAUAGAGGUUAUGCUUGAAAGCCUUAAUCAAAUUCUGAAUCUAAAUGCUGCUGGUACGUUAUCUUCUCAAGUUGUUGGUCAAGAUGCUAGGAAAGAUGUUGAGACAUUGGAUGAAGUGACUCCCCAUGAAGAUGAAGAUUGUGAUCUCAUUAUUCAUAAUGUUGAGCAAGUUGUUGCUGACAACAUAGGGAACAACUUGCAGUCAUCUGGAGCAAAGAAAGUUGCUGCAGAAAAGUGUAUGGUUAAAAGAAAAUUCACACCAAAGAGAAAGAAGGCUCCUGCAGUAGAAGAUGUGGAGGGAGAUGUUAACAAAAAUUUGAGUAUAGGUUACUUAGAAUAUUUUCAAAAGUUUUCUACACAUACUAAGCUCAAUAGAAGAAGGAGUGAAGGGAAAGUGACAAAAGUGAGUGUUAUGGAGGAAGAAGUAGAUUUGAUCAACAAUCUUCCUGAUGUACUUCUAAUUUCAAUCAUUUCUUUACUUCCAGGCAUGGAAGGUGUGAGAACAAGCGUGCUUUCUAAGCGUUGGGAAUCGCUAUGGAAGUACUCUUCUCACCUUGGUUUUAACCAAUUUCAAAUAUUGAAUUCUUUGGUCGAAGAACACAUUCAAAAUCCUGACCAAAGAAAGCGCCAUGAAAUGGUUAUUAACCAUCAGAUUUGUAUUGAAGAGGAUGAAGUCUUAGAUACAAUUGCAGAAGCUUCCAUGUUGAUUGAAUCAAUUAUGGACAAUCACAUUGGUCCUUUAAAAAGUUGUAGCAUUCAACAUUUGCCUGAGAGUUGUGAAAAUAGGGAUGUUGUGGGGUGGCUGAAGAAACUAUUGGGGAAAGGGGUUGUUAAAGUUUCAAUGGAAUGUGAAUCAACUGAUUAUCUUCAUAAACUAACAAAUAUGUUUUCAAGGGAUACAUAUGGGAACCUUUAUUUUCCUUUUAAUAUUUUCUCAAGUUUUAAGGUUCUUGAGUUGAAGAACUAUCAUUUUAAAACUAUACCCUCACCUAACUUUCAGCCGAUCUUAAAAACUCUUACCCUUAAUAAAGUGUGUAUUAUAUCAAAGAUCUUUCGUGGGAUUCUCUCUCAUUGUCCAUCUCUUGAAAACCUCACCCUUGAGAAAUGCAUUUUCAUGAGAGAUAAGAUUAAAAUUGUAAGUCAAAGUCUCAAAUAUAUUAAAAUUUGUCAUUUGAAGGCACGUAUGAUUUUGGUUUCUGCCAUUAAUGCAGAAGUCAUGGAGAUUGACUCUAUUAUUUGUAAUUAUCAAGAUCUGAUUUUUAAUACCCCAAAACUUCAUGUUUUGUGUGCUUACUAUGAUGCUAAAAGGCGUGAGCAAAAUUUCUCUGCAUAUGAAAAUAAACUUUUGACGCCAAGGGAUAUUAUUGAAAUUUGCGGUGGCAUUAUGGGCCGUCAAGGUUCAAGCAUGGGAAUUAUACUGAAAAAUUUGACUACUCUUUGCCUUGAUUUUGAUUUGAAUAACAAUAGAAAUACUAUAGCUAUUUCUUUUGCCCUCAAGUCCUGCGUCCAACUAAAGUAUCUUCAAAUAAAUAACCAGGUCAAUUGGGAUUACACAGAUGGAAUAGAUGGUCAGAAUGACAUUGAUUGUCUUCCUUACCCUAUAGGUUUGUUUUGGCCAGAAAGAGAGCCAUGUGAGUGUAUCAAACACAAUCUAAAGUCCUUAUGUAUAAAGGGAUACAAAGGUGGAGAGUUUGAAGUUGAAUUCGUUAAGUACUUAAUAUUAAAUGGCGGAGUUAUGAAGAAUAUAACCAUUUGGUUUUUGGAUGAUUGCUCUUGGAUUGAAGUCGUAGCAACUAUAUGUUUGUUAUCAUAUCCAAGGAACUCUCCCAAACUAUCCAUUGAUUUGAAGCCUGAGAAAAAAUAUAUCAGAGAAGAUGGCGAUAGCUUUGAAAAGUGGUGGCCAACACAUUCGAACAAAUACUUGCAGUAA